AUGAAGCGUAAAAAAGAAGGAGAAGAGUGGUUUGGAAAAAUUAAAUAUCAGAAUAAUGAGGAAGAAAUAGAAGAUCCAAAGAAUGUGGAGCAGAAGAUUCGAGAGGCUCAAAACCACGUGGCCGGAGAUGGAGUGGACAUCAGUGAGGAGCUCAUCACUUUGGAGAUUGCCUCUCCUGAUGUUCCCGACCUCACACUGAUCGAUCUCCCUGGAAUCACCCGAGUGGCAGUUCAAGGCCAAAGAGAGGACAUCGGAGAAACUAUAAAGAGGCUUAUCCAGAAGUUCAUUAAAAAGCAAGAAACCAUCAGCUUGGUUGUUGUACCCUGUAAUGUGGACAUAUCCACGACGGAGGCUCUACAGAUGGCGCGGGAAGUGGAUCCUGAAGGAGAGAGGACUUUGGGUAUUUUGACCAAACCUGAUCUGGUGGACAAAGGCACCGAGGAGACCGCUUCAUGA